AUGAAGACAAAUACGCGCGUUGACAAUGAAAAGUACGGCCUUGCGCCGGGGAGUAAGGUCUGGUGCGCCACGCAUCCCGUGCUGCGUCACAAGCUCACCAAGCUGCGCGACGAGGGCACGGACAGUCGCAUCUUUCGCCACUUACUGCGAGAAGUCACGUUCUAUCUCGGAUACGACGCGACGGACGACCUUGAGACGAUCCCUAAGAAGAUCAAGACACCUAAAGGUGACCACCAAGGAGAUGAGCUAUCGACUUCAGUGGCCCUCGUGCCGAUUCUUCGAGCUGGACUGGGAAUGGUGGAGCCAAUGCUGGACGUGCUGCCGGAUGCGACGGUGCAUCACAUUGGAAUGUACCGCAAUAAGCAAUCGCUUUUGCCGGUGCAGUACUACAACAAGCUUCCAAAGGAGUGCAAUGUUGACGUUGCAAUCAUCUUGGAGCCGGUCAUUGCUACUGCUGGUACGAUCCUCGCGACGCUGGCUGUCUUGAAGACGUGGGGCGUCGAGAAGAUCAAGAUCGUCAGCACGAUCGCAUCCAAGCAGGGUCUGCAAGAAGUGUGCGAGAAGAAUCCGGACGUAGAGAUUUUCCUGGCUGCAAUCGACGAUGGGCUCAGUGAGGAUGGCUACAUCCUGCCCGGUCUCGGCGACGCUGGUGACCGUCAAUUCCAUACCGACAAGCAGCUCGAAAAGAUCGAGAUUGUGCCCAAGAAGCGGAAAUUGUAG